GGCAAUCACCACACUUGACUUUCCCACAUUCGUGGCCACGACAAGAGAAAAACGAAAAAUAAUAAACAGGAAUAAAACCAUCUAUUUCUCUUCACCACUUCCUCCUCACAGCCCCACCGCUCACAGAUCCCUCUUUUUCUAAUUAAUCAACCAUGAGUAAGGGACCAGGCCUCUUCACUGAUAUUGGCAAGAAAGCCAAAGAUCUUUUGACGAAAGAUUACAACGCCGAUCAGAAGCUUAGUGUUUCCACUUUCAGCGCUUCCGGAGUGGCCCUCACAUCAACUGCAGUGAACAAAGGAGGACUCUCAACUGGUGAUGUUGCAGCAUUGUACAAGUACAAAAAUGUUUUAUUUGAUAUCAAAGUUGACACAGGGUCGAACAUCUCAACAACUUUAAUUUUUGCUGAAAUCCUUCCGUCAACGAAGGCCAUUGCAUCAUUCAAAGUGCCUGAUUACAACUCUGGCAAGUUGGAGGUUCAGUACUUCCAUGAUCACGCCACCUUCACCACAGCUGUUGCUUUGAAUCAAUCCCCCAGCAUUGAUGUGACUGCCACCAUUGGUACCCCAAGCAUUGCUUUUGGUGCAGAGGCUGGCUAUGAUACUACCUCUGGUAAUUUUACAAAGUACACUGCUGGCAUUAGUGUGAACAAACCAGAUUCGUGUGCUUCAAUAAUUCUUGGUGACAAGGGAGACACCAUAAGAGCUUCAUAUAUACAUCAUCUGGAUCAGUUGAAGAAAAGUGCUACUGUGGGAGAGAUAACCAGAAGGUUUUCCACUAAUGAGAACACUUUUACAGUUGGAGGCUCAUAUGCUAUUGAUCAUCUGACAGUAGUGAAGGCAAAGCUCAAUAACCACGGAAAGCUUGGGGCACUGCUGCAGCAUGAGGUCAUACCAAAGUCCGUUUUGACAAUCUCUAGUGAGGUUGACACCAAGGCAUUGGAAAAAAAUCCCAGGUUUGGGCUGGCCAUUGCCCUCAAACCCUGAUGGUUCUCUACCAGUCAAUGAUUAUUGUUGGAAUUUGAUACCUUUUCCCAUUGAAUGGUGAUACUCCAUAAGAAGUGUCGUCAAUAAGCAGUUCCACAGAUAUAUUUGUUUCUAGGUUCUUGAUGACUGUGGAUGAAUUGUUUUGAUGCGUAGGCUGCAGUCCCAUUUCCCUUAAUAGUUUGCGGAGGCAUUUUUACAUUUGCACAUUCUGUUCUCCUAGGAGUUCAUUGUUUUUGAUUGAGUGGGAAAUUUGUCGAUCACCCUCAUGUU